UGGGGAGUGCGAGACAAACAGUGCUGCCCAGAGAGUGACCAAGAGACGUUUGGGAAACAGAAGGAGAAACUUCCAGGGACCGAGCUAUUCAGGGAGGGAAGGAUAGGAGAAGCUCCAUGUGCCUGGCCAGGGUGCAGGACAAAGAGUAACGAGAGACAGAGAAGUGUCUGAAAACAGCCAUCUAAGGACGAGGCGAACUGUUAGAGGAAGGGACAGGAGAAAUAGCAGAGCUAUUUCAGGAGUGAGCAACAGAAGCGAACACAAGAACCCUCAGACUGUCCGAAGUAAACGAGGAAGGGUCCAGGGGCAGUGAGAGAAGGCCAGGACCAGGGCCAAGGCCAGGGUAGGCACAAUCGCUGAGGGGAUGAACUUCACAGUGGGUUUCAAGCCGCUGCUAGGGGAUGCACACAGCAUGGACAGCCUGGAGAAGCAGCUCAUCUGCCCCAUCUGCCUGGAGAUGUUCUCCAAACCGGUGGUGAUCCUACCCUGCCAGCACAACCUGUGCCGCAAGUGUGCCAAUGACGUCUUCCAGGCCUCAAACCCCCUGUGGCAAUCCCGGGGCUCCACCACCGUGUCUUCAGGAGGUCGUUUCCGCUGCCCAUCUUGCAGGCAUGAGGUCGUCCUGGACCGACACGGCGUCUACGGCCUGCAGCGAAACCUGCUAGUGGAAAACAUUAUCGACAUUUACAAGCAGGAGUCCUCCCGGCCACUGCACUCCAAGGCUGAGCAGCACCUCAUGUGCGAGGAGCAUGAAGACGAGAAGAUCAAUAUCUACUGCCUGAACUGUGAAGUCCCCACCUGCUCCCUCUGCAAGGUCUUUGGUGCCCACAAGGACUGUGAGGUGGCCCCACUGCCCACCAUUUACAAACGCCAGAAGAGUGAGCUCAGUGAUGGCAUCGCAAUGCUGGUGGCAGGCAAUGACCGUGUGCAAGCAGUGAUCACACAGAUGGAGGAGGUGUGCCAGACCAUUGAGGACAACAGCCGGAGGCAGAAGCAGUUGCUAAACCAGAGGUUUGAGGCCCUGUGUGCGGUGCUGGAGGAGCGUAAGGGUGAGCUACUGCAGGCGCUGGCCCGGGAGCAGGAGGAGAAGCUGCAGCGCGUCAGGGGCCUCAUCCGCCAGUACGGAGACCACCUGGAGGCCUCCUCUAAGCUGGUGGAGUCCGCCAUCCAGUCCAUGGAGGAGCCGCAGAUGGCGCUCUACCUACAGCAGGCCAAGGAGCUGAUCAAUAAGGUCGGGGCAAUGUCGAAGGUGGAGUUGGCUGGACGGCCAGAGCCGGGCUAUGAAAGCAUGGAGCAAUUCACCGUGAGCGUGGAGCACUUGGCCGAAAUGCUGAGGACCAUCGACUUCCAGCCGGGCGCUUCUAGGGAGGAAGAGGAGGAGGAGGUAGCGCCGGACGGGGAAGAAGGCAGCCCAGGACCAGAGGAAGAGCGGCCAGGUGGGCCGGAGGGCACAGGCCUGCACUGACCCGCCCUUGUUGGGGAGCCCGGCACCCGGGCCGGGCGCUCUGGUCGUGAAAGAUCUUAAGCAGAGACCACCGUGCCACACAGCUCGACGCCGCGCCUUGGGGGAGGGGCUCAAUAAAGGGCUAAUGCGUCCCAAUCCGCAGCUCCUUUCACUGCUCGCUGUCAGCCUUCGCUUCGCAGACGAUCGCAUCACCAUCCCGCCCUCUCCAAAUCUGGGACCAUUUUGGGGGCGGAAGUGGAAUGAACCCCUGUUGGGCACCUCUGUCAUAUUGGGCACGGAUUCCCCAGCCCAGUGCCAAGGGAUGAGGGUCGGGGGGUCGUGCAGCGCCACCGGGGCUUGAGUUCCUGGGAGACACGGGGAUGACGGAGACCCUAGGACCCUAGCAGAAAGCCUUUUUUGCGGAGCCUUCUGGCAGCAUCUGGUUCCCUCCCGCUGGCCUGGGAGGCCCCACUUCCCCACGGGUUCCCACCCUGCUGUGGUUCCCCUCUUCCCCGCAACAGAGGCCAACGGCUCUUCAGCACUUUUAUUAAAAACUAGUAAUACGGAGA